UCACGUUGCAAAAUACGUUUGUGUUUGUCUGUUGUUUGUGAUUGUAAAUAAAGGCCAAACAGAGUUCGGGAAACUCGACUCGAAACCAACCUUUAGACCAGAAUGUAACACCUCGAAAACGCAAACAACCUAAGCCACAAAGUGUUCAGUUGAAAUAUAAGUGGAGACAGUGAGAAAAGAGCAAGCAAAUAAGUGAGAAACGGCGAAAAAAGAGGUGGGCAGGAAGUGGGAAGUGCGAUGUAUGACAACAAACGAGGCGACGAAAAAAAGAAAAAAGUGUGUAUUGGCCAAGCCAAGCCAAGCUCAAGAAAAGGUUAGCAAAAGUUAGCAACAAAAAGCAGCGUUCAGCAGCGUUGCUCUCACACACACACUCUGGCGGCGGGCUCCACGACGCUCGCCCUCACACACAAAAUCGGAGGUACAUACAAUCUCUGAAAAAAAAAACUUUUUAAAGCGGACGCCAGCGUUUCGGUUCUCAUUUCGUUGAAACGGUGAAACGGUAAAGAACCUGUGUCGCUUGUCGGAUAGAAGCAGCGAUUUCCGCCGUUCAGCAAAAAUAGCUUUAUUUUUCUAUCAAAAGUGUGUGCAUCAGUGUGUGUGUGUGUGCAUCAGAAGAGAUCAUUUGCCAAAAAGCAAGGAAGAAGAAGCAGCUGAAAAAAAAUACAUAAACGCAAAAGAAAGAAAAGUGCAAAGCGAAAGUUGUGAUUGUGCAGCAUCCGCCUUCUCGGUCAAGUAACGGUAACGCCUCCCCCUCAAAGCCUUCGUCGCCGUCGCCGCUCUCUCUCUCCUCUCUCUCUUCCGCCAACACAUUCCACCGAAAGCGAAAAGCGCGUGUGUGUUUAUGUGUGUGUGCGUGUGAUUUCCUAAAGCGAUUUCCAUUUCAAUAUUUUUAAUUUUCAAUAAAUUGUGUUCGGACAUUGGCCAGAUGUGUUUAUUAAAUGAUUGCGCACACUGUAUGUUAUUAUGGCCUUAUUGAAUAAACUCUUCUUCCCGUCGGCACCAACACCACCAGCAGCAGCGGCAGCUACAGCAACAACAACAACAUCUGCGGCAACGUUAAUUAAUAGCCAAACAACAGCACCCACAUUGCCGGCACGUACAAAUCACGCCUCUGCUGCGGUCGGCGUUGCUGCCACCCCCUCAGUCGGCGGCGGCAAUAGUUCGUCGUCCGCAAAAGCUACAAAACAAACUUCGCGAAAUUAUCUAAGUCGAUUCCCUUUCGAGGGCAGCCAGGUGCGGGUUCUGCUCUACAAAGAGGAUGACAGCCGGCGGCUGCUCUUCGACUCGAACGCCCUGCAGAAGGUGACCCACAGGGACGCUUCGUCAACCACAUCAGCAUCGGCAUCCACAGCCUCCUCCUCCUCAUCCGCGGCGGUGAGUGGCGGCGGGGGAAAGUUCCUUAAAAACGAAAAGUACACAUCGCUGCAAAAUGGCAAGAUUCAGGCCAAGGCACAUUCCACCAAUGGCAGCAACUUUAUCGAAGUGUGUGCCGACUAUGGCUUCAAGCACAAUCGGCCGACUGGUGACGACAUCACCCCGCUGGGCGAGAUGGUGUUUGGAUCGCUGCCGAUGUCCUUUUGCGGCACGGCCCUGAAGGUUCACUGGCUGCCGGAACCGGCCCGCAUCCUAUGCUCUCAGGUCUAUCUGACGCCAACGAAUAAUGGAGUGUCCGGAUCUCGGGCGGAUCACUCGCCCUACUCCACUCUGUCCACCGGCAGCCUGGCGACACCUCGCACCUCCAUCUGCAGCGAGCACGGCUCCAUGGACGGGCUGUCGAUGAACUCGUUCUCGAUGCCAUUCAGCGUCAGUGUGGGCCGUCAGAUGAGCUUGACGCCACCGCUGGAUGUGCCUGCGGCGCCGGCGGAUCAGCAGUCGCUCUCCAUCCACUCGGUCGACUCCAGUGGCCCGCGAUUCUCCUCCACGUACAGCACGGCCACGGAUUCGGGCUACUCCGCGAGUGGAAGUGGCAGUGCAGCUGGCGGGGAUCAGUGGUCGUACCAGUACUCCUCCACGCGCAGCAGCCUGGGCAGUGUCCUGUCCGAUCAGUCGGAUGCACUGCGAAAACUGAGCGUAGACUCGGCCUGCUACUCCGGCUCCUCGCCCUACCUAGACGGAUUUGCCAGCGAUGGCUGCCUGCAGCGACGAAUCUCGCGCAACCUGCGCACCUCAUUCGAGAACGAGCAUUCCAAGAACGAUUUUAUCGGCUUCCUCAGCGACAACUACCCCAUAGUACCGGCAGCUGGGGGAGUGGGCGCCGGCGGCGGGAGCGAGGGCGGUGGCAUGGCUCCGCCGCAGUACCGACGAGCCAGCUACAGCGCGAAUGAGACGCGCAGCAAUCCGGAGAUGGGCAGGCGGCAGGCCAAUCUCCGCCGACGGGCCAAGCUCGGCCUGGCCGUGUGCAUUUCGAUGAGCGAGUCCUUCGAGGAGGAGAUGGAGCUCUUCUGCAGCGAGCACAUUGCCCUGCUCGAGUCCAUGCUCAGCCGGCUUAGGGCCAGCACGGAACAUGCCUACAUUAAUCACAAGAACUUCUUGCAGAUCAUGUUUCAGGCCUGGCAGGACACACAGCAGUGGUUCAGCGAUCUCUUCACCGCACCGCGCAUCAAGACCCCCGUCUGGCUGAGCAUCACCACCAGCGGCAGCAAGUACUCCAAGACGGUGGCCGAGCGAUUCAUCAAGGAACUGUGCGACCUGCUCUCCUUUGCCGACACCAAGGACUCCAACUUCUUCAUUAGCACCAUGCUGACGGGAAUCCUCACGCACCACCUGGGCUGGGUGGCCACAGUGUCGGCAUUCAACAGCGCGGGUCGCCGGCGAUCGGAGAUCUCCUCGUCGGCUUCCUCGGCGGCCAUCGAGCAGCGGGCGAAGCUGCAGCAGGUGGCCCAAAAGCAUCCCUACAACGCCCUGUGGGCGCAGCUCGGGGAUCUGUACGGCGCCAUCGGGAUGCCGCCCAAGCUGGCGCGCACCAUUGUGUGUGGGGCGGAGAAGCUCUGGGUGGAGAAGCUACUCAACGUGCUCACGUACUUCAUUCGGUGCAGCGAGGUGCGUCGUGCCGCCAAACGGGAGGACUUCAACAAGCAGCUGAUCAACGACCUGGUCUCCCAGAACCAGAAUCAGAGCCAGCAGGGCAGCCAGGAGCGCCACAAGAGUCCGCCAACUCAAAUGCGAGGACUUAGCCGAGCCGCCACCUGCAAACAGAACCUGAACGCCAUUGCCGACGACUGCGACACCGAAAACGACCUGAACGAGUACGGGCUGGAGGGGGAGCUGGUGAUAGACUCCGGCGAUGGGAUGCAGACCCUGAAGAAGAACGAGAUUCCCACUGUGCUGGCCUUCCGGGACUCGCACUUUGUGCAGCAGGAGCUGCGAAUCGGUAACUAUCUGAUGGACACGGGAAUUGAAAAGAAAACCCUGCUGGCGCGGCAGGCGCAGCAGUACUUUCACACGGGAAAGGACGGCCGGAUCCGUUUGACCGUGACCACGCCGGACAAUGUGGAACUGUGCAUGGAGGAGGACCAGUCGAGCGGCACCACCGGUUCCGUGGGCACUGGCUCCGUGGACGAUGGCGCCAUCGAGGCCAUCGAGUUUGAGGAGAACGAGGAAGCGCCGCCCAAGAAGAACAUAUUCUGGAACAUGGCAAGCGUUAAGGAAGGUCUGAGCCUCAGUGACUUUGCCAAGUUGCAGCAAGGCAUCCGUAUCAUCAACCGAAAGUUGGAUCGCCGCUGCAGCAGCUACUCGGUGGAGGGGAUACCGGAUCAGCUGAUCAAGGCACCAGCAGGGGACUUUGAGCCUCUGACCCACGAGCGACGGGCCUCGCACCUGUCCCUCUCGGAUCUUAUAACCCAGAACAGCAUGGGCAAGAGCGAUCGCAUGACCUGGGGCAUCGAGCCCAUCAAGGAGAACGUGAGUUUGGAGGAGCAGAUCCACUUCGACCACUGCCACAAGCUCAUAGAGCGGGAGCACGGCAUCUGCCGGCAACAAUCCGCCGACAAUGGCAAUGGCGUGGUGUUCGUUCUGGGCGACAAUGAGCCGUUGAUCAACUUGAAGAAGAGCAGCGAGGAUCUCAGUGCGGAUCAGGAGGCCAAGCCGACCACUCUGGUGCUGUGUGCCCAGCACCAGCGCACCCACGACAACAAAAAGCACUCCGGCAUGAAGUUCAACUUUGAGCAAUAUCCCCAGAUCGCCACCAACUACAUGAAGAGUAAGAACCUUGUGAUGUCCAACUACGACCUGCUGAUGGAUAAGGCCACCAAGCUGGAGGCUAGCGAAGCGGCGGCUCUGAAGGGAAGCGACAGCACUGCCACGCUGGCAGCCAGCAGCAGUUCCACAGCUGCCCUGCCUCCCAAUCCGGCCACCCCCAAUGCCACGCCGGCCAGCGGCGAAAGAUGUGUAAUCUGCAGUAGUGCCACCUGGAACCAGACGCCCUCCAACGCCACCGAACUGGAGUUCGAGACGGACGAAGUUCACUGCUACAGCCAAAGCGGCAACUCCAGCUCCAUGGCAUUGCAGUCCGUGAAUUCGGCCGCCUCCAUUGAUACCCUCAAGUCGGCGGUGACGGUGGAGCCGCAGAGUCCGACGAUUCCCAGUCAGGUGCAGACCACGUAUGUGCGCAAGCAGCAGCCCAAGAGGGUGCCCUCGGGACGUAGUUCUGUCUCCUCAGUGGCCGCAAAGUGUGCGGCCGUAAAUGUGACACAGCAACUGCUGAAGCUACCAGUUCCUGGCAUCAAGGAGCUGCCGCAGGACGACGAUUCGCCAGGUGAUCAGUUGAGGGCGGGCUUCAUUCCAUCGCUGUUGCUCAGUGUCAGCGAUCACUACGUUUCAGACAUGGUCCUGCAGGGCACCUGUGCUCCGCCCAACAAGUGGGAGAUGGACCUCCGCGAGGACCUGGCACUGGCAGCACGCUCCGCCUCACUCAUCUCGCAGCCGGCGGAGAACAUAGCCAUUGUGGCGGACAUGGACAAGUGGGAUGUGCGUCUCAUCUCCUCGCAAACCCAACAGUUCCCAUAUGCCGGCGGCCAGAGCUCGCCGGUGGGCAUGUCGCAGCUGGUGUCCAGCAUGCUGGAGACAGUCCAGGCCAUGCACGCUGGCGGAAUACCAGCCUAUGAGUGUCUAUCGUUUCUGGAAUCAAAGCUCCAGGAAAUCUAUCUUCAAUCGGAGACACUGGCAGCCUUCCUGCUGGAAACGGAUCCCUGCCGACUGAGCGACAUCACGACGCCGUUGCAGCUCUCCGAGAACGAUGUGCCGCUAUUGCUGUCCAUCGCCUACAUACAUACUCCCAAGAUCAGUCGCAAGUGCGGCAUUAGCUUCAGAUGACAAGCCAAGACAUUGCCAAACAUCGAACCAUUUUGAAAACUGAACCAAUCCUCAUCCAACCAGCUCAUGCAUCAUCCCAAAGCAAAACAAGCAAAUACUCCAGCGAAUUUUCAUUUCACUGAUUUGUGAUAUAUAUUUAUACGUGUAUGAAUCUAGCGCUUAAAAGCAGGAUAAAUUAGUGAGCCAUAGCUUAGCCUUAGCCAUCGAAAUCCCCAUACCACAUACCACAUA